CGGUUAUCAGGCCGCUGGAGCGAGCAUAAGGGCGCGAUAUGUGCCUGCACGGUUAUUCACAUUUUAUACGUAGACCACGCAACGCCAUGUAUAACCACACACAUUUUCGCAAUAAUAAAGCGACUAUGACGGCAAUAUGUUUCGUUUGCAACCUGCCGAUUCUAUCUCAUCAAGUGGGGCUGGUGUGGGCUGGCGGCAACGGCUGGGACGAGCUGACCCGGUCUACCUUAGAGGAGAACACUCUCCGGCAGCGGCUUGGCAGUCGCAGGGAUUCCGCAGCACAAGUGUCGUGCUUCUCGCCGCCAGAACCCGACGUGUCCGAUCAAGCCAGGGGAGGACCACGUCGGCGUCGGUCAUCCUUGGCUCAACUCACAGACAUAUUGCGGGAGUGGGGUGGUGGCAGCAGCCAGCCCCGGCGGCAAAGAGCCCCACUUUCACGAAGGGAAACCCUGGCCGAUUUGGCUCGGUCUCUGCCCUGGGCUCGCCACGAGCCACCACCAAGACGCAGACGCGACUCCUCGGCCGAUUCAGGCAUAAAAUCUAUGGCUUCCAAACGUCGCGACUCCAAGGCAGCUCCCUCAGAUUUUCGUGGCGAAUUCCCGAACUACUGGGAUCGUAAAGACUCCACAACUAUCAUGCCAUCUCGAGAAAGACGUAUAAAAAGGAGAGGAUCUGGCGACGACAAUAAAGAACGGAGAGACUCUGUUGAUGGUCACCGCCACAGACGUGAAUCCAUAAUAGCUGCUCCUCCGCGAAUAGUCGCAACUCAUAGAAAAAGGCGAGCUUCACCUCCAUCUCCGGCUCCACCUUCAUUUGUUGAUGCCUCUUCGGAUCCUGGACCCUCCACUCAGCCACCAUGUGUAACAAUAGUAGCGGUGCAUGAACCCAGUCGAUCCGAUGGUGAAUGUCAACCAAUGACCAUGCCAACAAUCAUUACAUCUGCUGUCACACCGUCCCCUACUUCUCCUACUGUUCCUACAAGCAAUGCAGCACAAUCUGCCCAGACUUCUCAAACCACUCAAGCAUCGCAAGCUGUUCCGGGAGGUCGAACCCCUCCCAACCUAGGUGGGCGGCGUGAUUCUACAACGCAGUGUGGUAGGGCAAGGAGAGACUCGCGUGCUACCGCUAGUCCUGAACGAAGACUUGGAAGAUUACAGAGGCAAGCUACUGCAUUUGAUGAUCCAAAUGGUCCUCCAGGAUCGAGACGUAGAGAUUCAGGUCCUUCGUUAGGUCCUGAUGAUGAAGGGCGAGCUAGAAGAGAUUCGCUUAGUCCGGAUUCGGCAGCUCGUCCAAGACGCGAUCGGUCCCAACUAAGCCCUGAUGGAGCUGGAGGUGGUGAGUUGAGUCCAUCAGCAGCUAGACGACGAGGUCGCUUGAGGAGACAAGCCUCCUGUGCUCGUGUUGGUCGACCCAGAAGUCCAGAUUCUAGUUCUUGUUCAAGUCGUGACCAUAGCCCUUGCACCGCACGUCCUCCAGAACGGACAAUCAUAAGAAGACAAUCAACAACUGAAGAAAUAUUAAUAGCUCGUGGUUUCAGAAGGCAGUCCACUACGGAAGAAAUGAUAAGGUGCCGGAACUUUAGGCGCCAGAGUUCACAAAGUGACGAUGCCUGCAUGCGAGCUCGAGGACGCAGGGAUUCUUCCACACAAAUUCUCGACGGCACUAUAGGCACCAUGACAGUUGAAACUACAAGCACAUUCUUCGAUUCCAGUACACAAACAGAACCAUCCCCGCUGUACGACAACAACCACUACCACGAGGAAUGCCUCCGCUGCAACUCCUGCGGGCUGAAUCUCACUGGGCCCAAUCAGAAACGAGCACGUCGCUUCAAAAACCAGAUCCUGUGCGACCUUCACUUCGCGGACGUGGCGCUGAUGGAGUGCAGCGACUUCAUGCAGCAACUACGCAGCUUCAAACCCCAGUCCCUGGGCUGCGCGGUCGCUAGGCGCAAGUCUUCCACUACGCUCAUAUUCCCCCUGCCGCCGCAGGCUUGCUCAGAUGAAUUCUGCGAGGAGUACCCUCACAGCCUGAUCCCGACUCCCGGCUACUGGAUAGAAUGUUCCCGGCAGAAGAUAACCACCGACACCAUUUGGGAUGAGUCCGAAUCUGAACAUGACAGCGGGCCUGAUAGGGAUGACCCAGAUCGACAUCGGAGGUCGGGAUCCCUGGACGAAGCAGCUGAAGACAGCAGUGAUAAUGAAGGAAGUACACCUAAGAAGAAAACUGUUAUUGAAGAGCAAUGGGAAAGGUCUGGUGGCUUCGAACUCACGUCCGUGGAACAAGAGACUUACGAGAAGUACUUCUACGGCACAGAACAUUGGAACUACUUCACCAAUGACGAAGACCUGGGGCCGGUCAUAUUGUCCAUUAAACAAGAGACACUUAAUGGAAGAGACCAAUUUAGGAUCCUAGUCCGAGCCAUCAGCUACACGGUCCAUGGCUUGAUCCCGGCGUCCUGCGUGUUCGCCGACCGCUACAACCGGGAAGAGGUGGUGCGUUCCCUGGGGAAGGAGGUCAACAUCAAUCCUCCCCUGAUGCUGGGGCAGCUGCCUGACACGCCAGAGGAACUACUCAAACUUGACCAGGUAUUCAUCAAAUCAGAGCUAAAGGUCGGCGUCAUUUACGUGAAAGAAAAUCAAUACACAGAAGAAGAGAUUCUAGAUAACAAUGAAAAUUCACCUAUGUUCGAAGAAUUCUUACAAGUUUUGGGAGAAAAAGUACGACUAAAAGGCUUCGACAAAUACAAGGGCGGUCUCGACACAGUCCACGACCUGACCGGCCUGUACUCCGUGUACACCAACUGGCGAGGCAUCGAGAUCAUGUUCCACGUGUCCACACUUCUGCCUUACGAGCGACACGACCCGCAGAAGCUGCAGAGGAAGAGGCAUAUAGGCAACGAUAUAGUCUGUGUGGUAUUUCUGGAAGCUGACAAUACCGCGUUCUCCCCCGCUUGCAUUAAGAGCCAUUUUCUACAUACGUUUAUAUUAGUGCGGGUUUCAGCAAAGAUUAAAAGAAGGCCUACGAGAUAUGAAGUGUCAGUGGUGACGAGAGAUGAAGUGGGCGCCUACAAACCUUAUUUGUGGGAGCAGAGCCUUUUUGAUAAAGGUCCUAUGUUCAGAGAAUGGCUCCUGACGAAGAUAGUAAAUGGAGAGAGAGCGUCAUACUCCGCUCCAAAAUUCGCCAGGAUGCAGGAGAGGACCAGGAGCCAGAUGUUGGAGGAUAUUGUCGCCAACCUGCAGAACCAUGCGGAGACUGGACAGAUCCCAAAACCUUAUCGAAGAGGAUCCUGGCGCCCCAUCGGCCACAUGCGUCCCUCAUCACCUCUCCUGGACUCCGUGAGAGACCAAUUUGAAGACUACGACCAGCUGGCCAAAGACUUUACAAGAGUCUUUCUGAAUAACGAACUGAAUUGUGCACAGAACGCGCAGUUGUUUGACGUAGUAUUUCUGGUGGGACAGUCGAAACAAAAGACCAAGUUUAUAGGAGUCAGAGCAAUACUUGGUGUCAGAAGUAGGGUAUUCCAAGAAAUGCUGUACGGCAUACAAACCGGCUUUGGUUCACCUCAAGUCCCUGUCGCUGAGCUGCUGGCGCGGCCGGCACCCACGCUGCUGUCACCAACUCCUGCAAGGCAGAAGAGUAGCAACUUUCUGCAAGUGCCAGAUAUCGAAUCACCAAGGCCCAAAAGUGUACCCAGUUCGCCGAUGGUAAAACGCGCGUUUUCCCGCCUGGGCACGAUCACUGCAGGCUGGGGGCGCUCCAUCCGCAAGCAGCAUUCACAACUCAACGCCGACGACAAGAAAAAGUGGGCUAGCUCGCAGGACUGCUCAAAUAAAGAAGGCAAAGACAAAGAAAAAGAUAAAAACGCAGCGUUAGCAGUACCAAGACUAUCCGUAUGUGCUGAUGCACAAAAGGUUGAUCGUGCUAAACUUGCGCAGACUGAGUUUUCAAUAAUCGAAUUUGAUCCGGAGACGUUCCGGAUCCUGCUGGACUACUUGCACACGGGCAGCUGCCCGCUCACCUGCGCCUCGAUCCCGGGGCUCAUUUGUGCUGCAGAACAUUACGACCUGCCAGAACUGCUGCAGGCCUGUUUCCAUCAUGCAAAGCAGUUCCUUAGGAUAGAAGUUGUAUGCACAAUGCUCAUAUCAUUAGAAAACUAUUACUGGCGGUACACGUCUGCCUCGGAAUUGGUGAACAUGAUCUUAGCUUUCAUCGAGCAACGCGCCUACGCCCUCUUUCAGACCGCGGAGUUCCUCAAUUUGUCCGAGUCCAUGGUCCAAAUGAUCAUGUGCAGAAACCUCGAAGUACCAGAGGUGAGAAAGUUCGAAGCUAUGCUCGGUUGGGCUAGAAACAAGAUCAAGUCCAAAUCUGCAAAUAAGACUGAUGCGAAAAAUGAAUUUAAAUGCAUUAUGGAGAGAUUAGCUAGAGACCUCAAACUGCAAAGGAUCUCACCGCAGGAAUUGAUCAAAGUUGUGCUUCCUUCCAAAGCGAUCAAGAAUGAACGCAUUUUAGAAACAUUGAUGCUCCAGGCCAACACGGGCAUGUAUAGGAUCCAGGAUAGCUAUUUCCAGGCCUGCAAGCAACGGCUGCAGAAACAAGACUCCAGAUUCUCAGAGUUCGAAAGCUUUGACUACGGAAUAUAAACUUGGAGCUGUGAGGAAUAUCAGUGUAUUAGAUAGAUUAUGAACUAUUUGGACUGGGUCCUUCUAAUAUUGUGGUAUGUUGACGCCUUCUAAAAGUAUUAUUGUUAUAGAUGUAUGUACUUGAGUAGUGGUACGAGAAAUAUUUGUACAAUUCUCGGAUACCUAUCCUUGUUGUUAUUCAUUGAUACCUAUAUUUUUUACAUCUAGCUAGAUGUGUUCAGUAUAAUCAUCUCUAUUUUUGGUACCAAAAAAAUAAAAAAUACGCGAUUAGUUUUGAAAAUAAAAUCAAUGGAUUUUAUCUAAAAAAUUGGUGUAAUAGCUACUGGUACAAACAAUACAUAACUGUGAUUCGUCAGUGAGAAACUAUACCCGAUGUUUUGGAAACAGGAUGUUUAAAAAAACUUAUAGCGUAUUUCGACAUAUCUUAAUAAUAUCAAAGAUUCAAUCAAAAGCAGCCUAACCAGUAGACGAAUAAAAAUAAUUGAAACUGACUAAUAACUAUUGCUUUAGGGAGGAAUAUAAUAACGACUGAAACUAGAAUCCAUGUAUUGGACAGUUAAAUUAAAUCUAUGCAAGUUUAGUAAAAACAUGCCACUUUACAAUAUUAACUCUUAUAAUUAAUCAGUUGACGAUGAAAAUACCUUAAAAAUAAUGUUAAAUUGUAGAAUUAAAUGUAAACAAUUUAUAGAAUCUGAUUCUUGAGAUAUCUUCAUAAUGUUGUCAUAGUUACUAAAGUUAAGAAUGUAUAUUAUGAUAUAUAUAUGUGUGUGUAUAGUAGGUACACGUCUUUUCUACACAAUUCUCGAAUCGUAUUUUCCUAAGCUAUGGCCACUCUGUCACUCGCACAAAAACUUGUAGACUCUAAUGGCGGCUAAGUAUGUUGUUUCGCUCAGAAACUCUGCCGUUCUUUCAUCAAUAUUUCAUCAUCGAUAGGAGUAAGUCAAAGUGUUCGUUUUUAUUAAAACAUUUAAUUUUUUUUUUAAAUAAAAACCAUCUUAAAUUACUUUUUACUUUUUAUUAUUUUCAUGGAUUUGUUGAAUGCCAUCAUUUUAUGAUUAUAAGGAAUUUUUCACAAGUUGUAUAAUAUUUUAAUACUUAUCUAAUAGGCCAUAACCUCUCAUCAGUCGGCGGCUAUCUGAAAAUUCCAACGAUAUUUUAAUCCUAUUCAAACUAAUAUUAUAAAUGCGAAACCCAGUUUAUUUUACUUUAAUAAUUAAAAGUCUGGAGAAGGACAUAGGCUACCUACCUAAAUACUAUAGUUCCCUUGUUGAUUUGCAAAAACCUGUAUUCUUUUGUAGGUAGCGGUAAAUUCGUCGCCUUUUGCAGAUGGCGUUAUAUACACGCAGGCCCAGGCGUAGCUGCAAAGCACCUGCUUAAAUUUUAAAAUGACUGCACCUUUCUAAUAGUUAAAUAUGUAUUUAUUUAUUAAAGCUUAAAUCCUAUGUUAACAUUAUACUUUCCUACUAAUGCCAAUACCCUCAGAAACACCCAAAAUGAUCAUUUUUUUCUGCAAUCUUUAAAAAUUACUAAGUGCGCGAUUAUUAAAAAAAAAAAAAUAUUUUCUAUAAAUUCAACAAACGCUUCAUUUAUCGCCUUAAAAUUUUUUCGCGAUUUCCUUUAUACAAAAUCAGAUCUUUUGAUGUUUGUUUGUGCCCUAGAUUGCAUUUUAUUUAAAUACGUAUUGGUUUUUUAUAAUGUUAGUAAUGGUUCAAUUAACGUCAGAAUAUCUUCCGUUCAUUGUAUUUGUCCGUCGAAAUGUGAAAUAUAAAAAUUAAAGGUUUUAUGAAAUGUUUAUGCGAAUCACGAGUUGUUAUGCAAAUAUUUUAACGAAAAUACGUUAUAUUUUGUUUUAAAAUAUUUUUUAGCAUGAUAAUCUCUUCAGUUAGUUGCCAAUUUUCUUCUCACUUCUAGUAGAAGUUUGAGGCAAAUCUAAUUGUGUAUUCAUAAAAAUGCCCCAUGAUGCAACAGGUUAAGUAAGUUUAAUGGAAAUAUGUGCAGUCCGUGGUAGAUAAAAUAUAUCUUAUAAUGAAGUGCAGAUAUGUAAUGAUAAUAUAGACAUUUAUAUUCGACUUGAUCUCUUAGAUUUAAGAAAUGUAUUUAUGUUAAAUAUUGUUAUAACUCUUCUGAACCAAAUGUUGUAAAUGUUUCUACCCUGUACUCUUAUCAAAUAAAACAAAAU